UUGGCUUUAAACGUUUAACUGUCAUAGCGUUUUUAACAAUAGUCGGAAAAUGACGAGUGUUUUUAUUAUUCCUGCUAAAAAAAGCGAUUUAGUGGAAAGUGACAAUGAAUUCUGUGUUAGAAGAAAACUUAGGAUUGAGAAUCUAUCAAACGAUUGUAGAGAAUUGACAAGAAAUUUUGGCGAAAGUGACUUAGAAGACUACAUACAGCACUUUCUAGAUGUCUACUACUAUGUCACAAAACACUUGGGCGCUCUGGAUUGGAAAUACAUAACUUUCUACUCCGAAACCUUGCGAAAGGUUUGGUCUCAGUUGAACACAAAAUUAGAUUUGUAUUUCACUAAGAAAAUGUACAAUGACGUCAAUGUUCUGAACGAGACCAAAAUCGUUUUGUACAUAACAAAUGAGUUUAUUUCAGAGCUAGAUAAAAAGUUUGAUCAGAAAAAACAGAAGCAAAGUAAAGCAAAGAGUAAUGCUGAUGUUUUAUAUAAAAAAUGGUGCGUGAUUAAAGAACAUGUACUGACAUUUUUAUUGAGUGUCUCGAGCAAAAAUCUGCCAACGUUGUAUGACCCACCAGUGCCGGAAGCUCAAUUCACAGAGCUUCUGAGCAACUGCUGCUACGAAAGCUUAAAAGAUCACAACUUUUCAAAAUCAGAAGUAAUCCGUGAAAAGAUAUUUCAGAUUCUCGGCAAUCUUCUCAAAAGCUACAAUCAUGCUAGCACCUUCGUCAUAAAAUUCGUUCACAUCAUCAAAAACACAGAUAUAAACUACCAGAACACGUUAAUACAAGGCGUGCUUCAAAUAAAAGACAACUUUGAAAUCAAUUCCAUUGUUAGUAUUCUCACCAAGGAAAUUCUGGUCCUCGUUGAGAAAGAAUCGAGUGGUGACAGCGUCGAUUUGAAGCAGAUGAUGAAUUUUGUGAAUGAUUUGGCGGUGGUGAGGCCCAAGGAAAUGGUGCCUUUGUUGGGAGAUAUUCAGUCGGUUGAGAAUUUCGAUAUUCCCAGUAUUCGAAUAUGUUAUGUUAGUAUAAUUGGAGAGAUUUUGAGACAAGUCUAUAAUGUUGAAGGAUUAAGCCAGGAGGACAAAGAAAUCAGAGAUGGUUUACUUGAGGAUUUAUAUGAUAUGUUGCAUGAUGUUGCUGCUGGCAUUCGGUCAAAGGUUUUGCAAGUUUUUGCAAAAUUAUUAAAAGACUCAGCCCUUCCUUUAUCGUGGCUCCUGAAGAUCAUGGAUCGUUCGGUUGGACGUUUGUGUGACAAAGGCAUAUUGGUUCGAAAGAAUGCAAUUGUUGUUCUGAAAGAAUUCAUCAAAAAUCGACCAUCGGAUGUACCGAUGGACAACGAUGUUUUGCAUCAGAGUUUACAGAAUGCCAUAGAAAAGCUGGCAAGUUUGCGUGAGCAACCGCAUCAGGCGGACUUGGAAAAGAUUAAAGAUGAAUGCAAAACCGCCCUGAUGCCAUUUUUAGAAAAUGCAUUUGCAACAGAUGCAACUAUAAAAUUAUACGACGAGAUGGCAUUUGAAGAAGAGGAAUUCGAUUCAAUCGACGAGCUUAUUUUAAAAGCUUUCACCGAGCAAAAAUAUGAUGAUCUACUGAAAUAUACUAUUUAUGUGGAACGUCAAAUAAAUGAAACGGAUGCAAGGAAAGAUAUGGAAUUAAAAGAUCUACCCCAAUACUUCUUUUGCGUCAUCACAAAACUGGUGCUUCAGAGUAAACCGAAAAACCAAGGCAAUGACGUCGCCCCUAUUUCUGAAGAUUUGAAAAAACAAAUCGACGAACAAACAAGUAUGAUCGAGAUAUUAAAAAUGACAAUUCAGUUCUCUGAAAUCAUCUCCAAAGCUCUGCCUAUCAUCGAAAAGAUGCUGUUUUCGAAGGCCGCCCAUGACUCCAAUGAGGCGAUAACAUUUUUUGCAUCUUCUAUUGAUCUCGGAAUCAGUUCUGCUUACGAUAGCUUAUUGCAAGUUUUAUAUUUGCUUGUAACACAGAAGGAGAAUAAAGAACAGGUGUAUAAGAUGAUGACCGAGAUAUUUAUGGAUGAUAAGAGCAAUAACACCAGGCUGGAUGCAGCCAAUAUACUGAAAAAGCUCUGCUUCGUCGUCUGUAAAAUGAAGAAAAGCCACAGAGAUCCAAUGUGUCUCUUAUUCAAGUAUUGGAUCAAGGAUGAUAUGAUAAGUCCGAGUCUUAUCCAACUUUGUUGGGAAAUGAUCACUAAGAAAAUUGAAGGCACUUCCGACAAUGAUAUCUAUGCCUGUCUCGUCGUAUUGUCACUUAUAGCAGUUAACAAGCCGAACGUUGUCUGGACCAAUUUGUCUGUGGUUACGUCUACGCUCCUGGACGAUUCCAGCAAAACCGACAUACAGUAUGCGAUACACACUCUUCAGAUGCUAAGAAAUAUGUGGACCAGCACAGCUUCUCUAUCGAGAUCGGCUGAUAAACCUGUAACGAGAAAAUACAACUCUGAGGAAAUCUUUGUCAAGAUUCAUGAUUUAGUGAUUCAUCAUUUCAAUGAUUCGACUACUGGCUCGUUUAGACAACUUGCCAAUGGGGCCGUGGCUGUCGUAUAUGCGGGUGCCGAUCAGCCCCAUUUGCUAAUGGAGAAAUUAGUUUCCGCGAUGCUGCAUGCCGAAAAUAAAGGAACUUUGACUCUGGACGAUAAAAUGAAAUCCUGGAGAGUCAGCAGAAUUUUGCACACAGUCGGACAAGUUGCAAAUAAUCACAUCGCAUUCCUCGAUCUCAACGUCUACAGUGAGUUGGGUAGAAGGAAAGAAAUACAGCAGAACACCAGGCAAAGUACUUCGUCGGAGACACCGAGCGUCAAUUCGAAUCCUAGGGCAUCGAAGUUGCAAUCCGCUUCUAGGAGCAUUAGAAAUAAUCAGAGUUAUAAAUCGCACAUGGACGACGACAACGAAGACAACGAAUACCAAGAGUGCAUCAAUUCUGACGAUUUGGAAGCAAACUUCGUCAACGACAUCAUGGAAAAGGAACUCCUGCAAGAGCCUGCAGCGUUCAGUUACGUUUUACCUUUCGUCAAAGAUAUUCUGGAGCAUAGGAACAAGUUCGAUGAUGACGAUUUGGAAGUCGAUGCCUCUGGCGCUUUGAUGAGUUUUAUGUGCAUCUCUUCGGAGGCAUGUCGGCAGAACAUCCAGUUGCUGAUGACUGUUUUGAGACAUUCCAAAUUUCCUGUUGUCAAGACGAAUAUCAUUGUUGGAUUCGCUGAUUUGCUGUUCAGGUUUCCGACGGUCGUUGAGCCGUGGGAGCUUUAUGUUUUUGAAAGAUUAAAGGAUGAUAAUUCCGAGGUGAAGAAGAUUGGCCUAAAAUUCAUCUGCCAGUUGAUUUUAACAAAUAUCAUGAGACCAAAAAGUUACAUAUCAGACAUUGCUUUGUUUUUGGUCGACGAAGAUGAUGCUUUGAAAACCUUGGCCGAACAUUUCUUUAAAGAAAUGUCCACCAAGGACCAAAAUCUGUACAAUGCUCUUCCUGAUAUCAUUUCAAAAAUGACUGAUCCUGCAAUGAAUUUGGUGGAAGCCAAGUUCCAGAAAAUAAUGAAGUCUAUUCUCAGUUAUAUUAGUAAAGAUAGACACAUGGACGGAUUGGUACAAAAACUAUGUCUUCGUUUACAAAUUGCUACAGACACAGCACAAAUAUGCAAUCUCGCUUUCUGUUUAUCCAUUUUGAACUACACCCUGAAGUCGAUUCAGGUUCUCAUCGACAACUUUGAAAUCUUCCGGACGCAUCUAAAUAUUCCUGAAGUUUAUACAGUGUUCAAAAAUAUAGUCGCACUUGGCAACAAGCAGUCGGUUAAGCCCGAAAUGAAGACUUUAUGCACGGAAUUGGAUAACAAAAUCGAGGCUCUGCUAGAUGUAAAUCAAGACAAAGAGAAUAUGGAAGAGGCGAGGAGAAAACUUACAAAGAAACCAGUUGGUAAGCCACGAAAGAAGAACAGACAAGGAUCUCAGAACAUGUCAGUUACAUUCGAGGACAGCAUUGCUACCAGACGUAGUAGCAGGUCACAACCCCCCAGAAGGCAAGUGGUCGAUGAUUCCUCGACUUCGGAUGAGGAGGAGGUUUUGAGAGAAAAUAAAAGACGAUCUUAAAGAUGCUGCAUUAUAUUAAUGUGAGGCAAUAUAAAAAAAGUUUAAUCUUUAUUGAUUAUAAAAAUCAAAUGAGAUUUAUGUAAAGUACAAAAUUGUUGUAUGGUUAAUUUGUUAGUUUCAGCAAUAUGAACUGUUUUAUUUGGCUGGA